AAGAAGAAACGUGCGGUUAAAAUGAUAAGUACAAUCUACAUGUAUACUACAACAAGGUUCAUAUUCUCGUCACUCUUUCCUCUUUCUGUCGGUGGAGCCGCCAUUUCUCAGCUUCGUUUCGUCUCUCAUUUUAAGUAAUUUACAAUGCCAGCUGGGGAAUAUAUGAACAAUACGCCACAUCCAACGGCAGGUUCCAAUGAGGAAGAGGCCUGGCUGUGGGCACAGAUUAAGGCUGAGGCGCGGCGAGACGCUGAGGCCGAGCCAGCUUUAGCUAGUUACUUGUACUCGACUAUACUCUCGCAUUCUUCGCUUGAGAGAUCACUUUCGUUCCACCUUGGUAACAAGCUUUGUUCCUCCACGCUCUUGUCGACACUGCUCUAUGACAUGUUCCUCAAUACUUUCUCGAAUGAUGCUGCUCUUCGGGCUGCCACUGUUGCUGAUUUGCGUGCAGCUAGGUUCCGUGACCCUGCUUGUGUCUCGUUUGCACACUGCCUACUUAAUUACAAAGGCUUCCUUGCUUGCCAGGCCCACCGCGUAGCUCACAAGCUUUGGACUCAGUGUCGUCAACCGCUGGCUCUCGCACUUCAAUCUCGAAUCUCUGAUGUGUUUGCUGUUGACAUACACCCAGCUGCCAAAAUUGGAAAAGGCAUUCUGUUUGAUCAUGCUACUGGAGUUGUUGUUGGGGAGACUGCUGUCAUUGGUAACAAUGUAUCAAUCCUUCACCACGUGACACUGGGUGGAACUGGCAAAGCAGGAGGUGAUCGACACCCGAAGAUUGGCGAUGGAGUGCUGAUUGGAGCAGGUGCAACUAUCCUGGGAAAUGUGAAGAUUGGAGAGGGCGCAAAAAUUGGAGCCGGCUCAGUAGUACUUAUUGAUGUCCCUCCACAGACGACAGCUGUGGGAAAUCCAGCAAGGCUGGUUGGAGGGAAGGAUACACCAUCAAAGCACGAGGACGUGCCAGGGGAAUCCAUGGACCACACGUCUUUCAUAUCCGAGUGGUCCGACUAUAUUAUAUGACUUAGAUGAAAUCAUGCUUGUAUGAUGUUAAAUUAGGUGGAAGAGUCUUGCUAUAAUGUUAUAGCUGCAGCUUAUGCUCCAUAUGCCGGCGUUUAGUGUUUCCCCACAGUUCAAUACAUUGAGAUGCUUGUAAUGGAGUAAAUAUGUAUGACCAGUUUAUGUUAGUGCUGUUUCUUCCCCAAAAUAACUUUGUACCCAGUGGUUAGUCCAUUGUUUACAUAAAGCUGGUAUGUAAUGAUAAUUUGGAGGAACAAAUAACCUGCGCGUGUCUUUUAACACAGCCUCACUGGUUGGACCUGCUUGCCUGUUACGAGGUGGAGAGAAUGAUAAUAAUUCAUAUAUGAAAUAAUUACUGUCAUUUGAUUUGUUUUUA